UAGGUGUAAUUAUUGUUUCUACACGAACACGGACCAUAUUGAGGUCAGUGACGUUGGUGUAAUAACUUAACAGCGUAAUGAUAACACGGAUGAUCUUCAUAUAGGUACAGACGGAAGAUUAUAUCCUGGAUAAUAACGAAACUAACAGUUAGCGGGAGGCAUACUUAGCUGAAACGAACCGAAAGGAUUUUGAAUUUAUGGCCGAAGUCUGAACCUCAUGACAGGACACAACGACCGAGAAUCAUGUUGAGUUUUCUUGGACUCCGCAACAACGCAAAGAAGUCCACAUCCGAGAAGGAAGUAGAUGGAGGCUUUGUUGUCAUUGGAGAGACCGUUGAAGAACAGAGGAGGAAGAUGCAGAGCAUGAACAUCGCACAGCCGUCAACAAACGUCAUAGUGCAGCCAACAGGGUCCUCCUGUACAGCUCCAGCUGCACCCACCGACACAAAGCCCCCUGCAGCUUACCCCACCGGCGCGCCAGCAGCAGGGCCCCCGGCCGUGGAAGCUGCUUCAACUCUGCCAGACCUCCUCGGGGACGUCCCCUUCACUCUGGCUCCCCAUGUCCUGGCCAUGCAGGCAGGGCGCCCCCUAUUUCCUGAUGUGCUGCUGUCCCGGGACAUGAACUACAACCUGACUAGUUUCCAGUACGACUUCACUCUAGAGAACUCGGUGCUUCAUAACGCCUAGGCUGGUGAAGUUUUCCAGGAGUUCCCCCUGUGGCUGGUUGUUGGUGGUUUGAGAGGUCCUAGGCCUUCUGAACAUGCACAUGUCAUACUGUAGCAUUACGAACAAGGAAGAGCUCACAGAAAUACAUUAGACAAAAAUUAGUUGUAGAACUGCAAAGCAGAACACUUCUGUUAUUAACUCCCUAUCCAUUUUAUAAUUUCAAUAUAGUCAUAAUAAUGCCAUGAUAUAAUGUUGGAAAAAACACAAGGAAGCAUGGACAUGUCACUGGCUGUACAGCUGAUGACGGUGACCAGGUUUCAGCUUUAUGGCAUCAUGGGAACUAAAUGAACUUGUGGUUUACUUGUUCCUUGUUGGGUUGCUCUCGACGUAAACCCAGGUAACGCAGUUAGGACACCUGCUGUUUCCUCUCAUUACAGAUACGGGCCUGCGUAUGAUUGGUUAAGACAUUGUGACUGUCAAGCCCUCAGGCCGGGAUGUGUUUGAAUCAUGUUGUCAAACUGAACAGGAUCAUUUAAACUUUAUUACUACUUGGGUUUCUAGCAGUUAUGAGGACUUUGCACUAAUCGGGGACGUUGCUGAGAUCUGGGGACGUUGCU